GGUUGGAGGAGGAAAUGAAGAGAGUGCAACAAGAGGAGGAAGAAAGAAGAAAAGUUGCUGAAGCAGAAGCGGCAGCAGAAUAAGAGAAAGAGAGAAUGAGAAUUGAGAGUGGAGAAGGGAGCAGUGGUGGUACGAUGAAGUGGGAGACAGACACUGAGCUGGAGAAGAAGAUCAGCGAGUGGGUCGCUAAUUUAUCGUUGGGGGAAGAUGAGGAGGCGGAGUCCUAUGUGACUAAGGAUGAGAAGGCUGCGCUGGCCGCUGAGCUAGCAGCCAUGAUAGACCCAAUGGAACGAAGAGAGAGGGAAGACGAGCAAAAGUUAGCAUGGAAGUUGAGAAUGAAGAGGGAGAAGAAGAGGAGGAGAGAGGAAGUGAAUAAGAUAACCGCUGCAGUGGCGAAGGUGCAGGAGUGUAGAGCGGAGGUGCUGGCCCAGCGAGAUGAUAAGGUCAAGUGGGACAAAGGACUGGGCUAUCUAGAGGUGUUGAGCAAGGCCUGGAUGGAGGAGCGUCAGGCAAGUUGGAGCUAGGAUGUAGCGUUGAGUGCCAUGCGGUCCGGGUUUAGGGAUUUUGCGCGCGAAAUCGUCACCCACAUUGGGGGCGAAGUCAAACAGUUGAGAGACAAUGUAGGGAAGUUUUGUGAGCGCGCCAUUCAGGGUGCCAAAGGUGCAGCUGCGGUAGAAGGAGAGGGCAGACCCCGUAAGGACCCAGUAAAACUUAAGUUCCCAG